CCCACGAGAAGUGGCUGUAACACAGUUAUGACUUGUGUCUGCAGAGGGGAAAUGUUGUGAACUGGAGGGAACAGUUUUCUUGUCAAUGAACGAAGCUGUAAAACCGUCCUCACAGUCACAAUGUGGAAACCCACCGGGGAAUCAAAAAGCACCUUCACCUCAGCGGCGGGACCCCGCGCCGCUGCCGCCGCGGUCACCUGUCUGCUCGUGACCGGGAUGCUCGUCGUCACUGUCGGACACCCGGGCAGCGGAGACCCGGAGGAGCUUCCAGCCGCAGCGGCGAGCGGAAAAGUUUUCUCGGCGUACUUCAGGAGACUGACCCGGGAGAGGAGAGCGAUAAGCGGCCCCCUGCGGAGCAGCGCUCCCCCGGGACCUGUGGAGCAUCUCACCCCCUCUGACGUGUUCAUAGCGGUGAAGACAACGGGGAGGUAUCACCGGCAGAGACUGGAGCUGCUGCUGGACACCUGGAUCUCCAGAAACAUGCAACAGACGUACGUGUUCACUGAUGGAGAGGACAAGGACCUGAGGAAAAGGAUGGGAGCUCACCUGAUCAACACCAACUGUUCAGCGGCCCACAAUCGUCAGGCCCUCUCCUGUAAAAUGGCUCUGGAGUACGACGCUUUUAUUAACUCUGGCAAGAAGUGGUUCUGUCACGUCGAUGACGAUAACUACGUGAACGUCGACUCCCUCCUGAAGCUCUUGUCUCAGUACAGUCACGCCCAGGACGUUUACCUCGGCCGGCCCAGCCUCGAACGACCGAUAGAGGCUACGGAGAAGCUCGGCACCGCUGAAAUGAAGCAGGUGCGUUUCUGGUUCGCCACAGGAGGAGCAGGCUUCUGUCUGAGCCGCGGCCUCGCUCUCAAGAUGAAACCCUGGGCGAGCGAUGGCACUUUCAUGGUGACAGCUGAGCACAUUCGCCUCCCCGACGACUGCACCGUCGGUUACAUCGUGGAGGCGCUGCUCGGUGUGAGCCUCAUCCGCUCGGCUUUGUUCCACUCCCACCUGGAGAACCUGGGGCUGGUGUCUGACAUACACAACCAGGUGACUCUCAGCUACGGCACUGUGGAAAACAGCAGAAACACUGUCAACGUGAAUGGCCCAUUCUCAGUGAAUGAAGAUCCUACAAGGUUCAGGUCUGUCCAUUGUCUGUUGUACCCAGACACUCCUUGGUGCCCCAGCCCCCAGCGACUUUAACAGCCUUCUCGAGACAAAGAGGGAGGGAUGGACUGACGAGGAGAAAGAGUAAAUGUCUGAAAGAAAAAAAAAUAUAAAGUGAACAAGCUGCCCUCCUCUUGACUCCUGGAGAAUCUCCAAAACACUCCCACAGCUGUCUGAGCGGCAGACUGACUUUUUAGGAACAAGUACCACUGCAUUAGUUUGACACCUGAACUCUGACCCUGUGAACCGUUAAAUGGUGUCAAAAGGCCAAAAACUGCUACAAGAGAAGACUACGAAAAGUCAAAAUCCAUGAAUGGAUGAGAAAUGGAGAAACUACUUUGUUAUUCUUAGAUCCUGAAGAAAGAACAUGUAAAGUUUGGCCUGAUGGUGGUGUGAGAGGAAAAGCCAUGUGUAACAAUGAACAUCUCAGCUGCAAACACAGAGUUUAGCCUGUCACACCUGUCUCAUCUUUCUUCUGUCUAAUCCUGACAUUCAGCUUCAGUUGUCCUCUCAGUUUCAGCUCCUGUUUGUUAGCUUCAGAUGUGCUCUGGCUCAAUUGUGCAUCCAGCUUAAUGCUAAUGUUAGCAUAUGAUAUUAAGGCAUAGAGGGUAACUCUGGUCCUAUUGCAGCUUGUUUUUUUUUUUGUUUUUUUUUUUAAUUUUUGGCCACCACAGCUACAACAAAGUCAGACGGGACAAGAAACAUGAGCACAAACCCUUUUUUUUAACAGGGACUUAACAAGUAGGAUAACAUGUUAAGCUAGUGAGGUUUAGCUACCAGGCAGUGCUGUUACUUGUGGACAGAGCCAGGUUAGCAGUUUCCCCCUGUUCCCAGUCUUUGUCAGCUAAUCAGCUGCUGGCUCCAGCUUCAUGUUUACAGUACAGGCAUGAGGUGUUUAUCAGUCUCCUCAUCUAAGCCUUGGCAAGAAUUUGAAAAGGCCUACUUCUCAAAAUGUUGAGUUAAAAAGAAGAAAAAAAAUCAGAUUAUCUAAAUCUGAUUUGGAGGUAGAACUGAAAGUGAGCACAUGUGAAAUGUCGUAAUAAUCUUGACCAGGAAAGAUGUGUGCAAGCGACUUUCUUAAGCAGAGAAGUUGGAUCAAGAGCUUGAAGUUCUUCUCUGUUUUCUCCUUCAAGUAAGUUUGCUUAACCUUGCUAUUUGUGUAAAACCUGUAUGAUCAUCUCACCGCUCAUGUUUCUAGCCCCAAGAGAAUAGUUACUGAUAGAAAUGAUGCACAGAACAGCUGAAAUGAGACUGUUGUGAUGAACUGAAAUCAUUCUUUACCUAAAGUGUUGAAUAAGUGGUACAUUCGAUCACGUUGCUGUACUAGAGGAAAAGUCAGGGGAUAUAACCACAGUGACCAAAUCAUCCUCUUGAGACCAGAAACAUUUCUACCAAUUUCAGUGGUAAUCCAUCCAGUAAGUGCUGGACCCGCAAACAGACAGACAGCGAUAAGACGACUGGUUCGAACGUCGGCAAUCCCACUAAAAGACCUGUUGUUCCUCACACCCUCAAACAUUUUACAGUGUCCCCUCUCCACUUCCUCGGCUGUGAAAGAUCAUUCUUUUGAAACUAUGUGAAUGUGUAACCUAGCUGCCCACCCUGCACCUCCUCAUGCUCCAGUGUUGACCGGUUUGGAUUCAGUGAAUGUGACUGUUGCGGUUGGUGGAUGAAGCGAAGCAAUCAAAGACAGAAACACAGCGCAGGAUCAAUCAUUCAUCAUAAUGAAGCCAAAAAGAAAAAAAACACAUUUUGAUGAUCUCAUAGAAUCCAGACUCCUUAUCUGAAGUGUAAUUUGAUCAGAGUUCAGUAUUACCCUCUCUCUGAAGUAUGUUAUCAUGACAGUAUGACUGAGCACUUUGCUGUUUAAUUUCUGCUGUUUGCGAGUCAUCGUUUGAUAAAAGAAAAUCAAAGGAAUAGUUUGACAUUUUGACGAAUUUGCUUUCUUGCAGAGUUAGACAAAAAAAAUCGAUAUCUCUCACAUCUGUGCGCUAAAUAUGAAGCUAGCCCGCUCUGUCCAAAACAACUCCCUGUAAAACUAUAAAUACAUGCUUUUUACACUUUUUUACAGAUUAAACAAAAAAGAUGUUGUUAUUGUUAUGUU